AGGGCUUUCUUGUCCCUCUUGUGGGUUUUUUCCCAACCAUAAUGAGGGAUUUUCUUUGUACGUAUUCUCUAUGGGUCUCAAGAUAAACAAUAGUUCUAGUCCAUAUCUGAUACAAAUUUGAACCCCCUUGCCCCAAAUCAUUUGAAUUUAAAGAUUUGGAGCUCAAAUAACCAGUGGUUUCAACUUUUGAGUCCCUAUGCUUUCAUAGCAGGGUUGGAUUUCUCCACUAGAUUUGAUAUGUUCCCUUAGACACCAAUGACUUAAAGGUGGAUUCUUGGAGAGUACGAAUAUGAUGUUAUUUUAGCCUUGUAUUCAUGUUUAGUUUGAAGACUUUGCUCUUGUAUUGUUGUUUUUUAAUCUUAAAUUGUAGAUUUGGCUUGUAUUUUCUCUAAAAGUUAGUCGAUCUCCCCAAAUUAUUAUUUUUUCUUUUCUCUUUCUUGUAAUUAUUUUUUAUUAGAAUAAAAUAAUUUCAUUUUCCUAGAGAGAGAGAGAGAGAGAGGAGUGUUUGUGCAUGCAGCAUGCUAACGAUCCUUUGAUCUAAUAACAUUUCUAUACUUGUGGGGGGUAUAUUCUCACCUCCAACUAUUGAUAAUCUUAACUUCUACUAUAUUUUAGUGAUUUUCAUAUGUUUAGAUCACUUUCUUUCUUUUAUAAUGUUAAAAAGAUGAAAAAUUUCAUGAUUUUCUACAAUGGUUGUAAGUUGUGAUUGGAGUUACUUUCACAUAGUCCAAUUAUGUGGCUCAUUGGUUAAUAUAACUACAAAAGAGAAACCAAUUGGUGAUUUAAUGUAAUAGGAAAGUGUGAUCAUAGGGUGAACACCAUAUAGUAGAAUCUCAUCCUAUCUAAACAAUAAUUGUGAAAAGAAUUAUAAAAAUUGUUGUGUGUGUCCAAUCUCUAAUCUUAUCAAUCUUAAAGUUAAAACGACCUUAUUCUCAAAAAAGAAAAAGAAAAAAAAGGGUUAAAACCACCUUUUUCAACGACAUUGAGCAAACUAAGCACUUAAAAACAAGACUAAGCUAGGAGCGUGGCAAUGGGUUCGCCAGGUGGGGGUGGGACACUAAAGAAGGUAAAUCUUACACACGACAAAACAAUAAUCACAGUUACAAGUGACAACUCCAAUCUCAAUUCUCAACCCAUCCUAGUCCUCAUUGUCCACUCUCCAAACCGUGUCCCCAUGGCGUACGUGUGAGUUGGGCCCCACAAUUUAAUCAAACAAAAACCGAGUAGUGUGACUUAACAGUUAACAGUCUUCCUACUAAAAACGACACAAACGCGUCACACACCUCGCUCUUGUUAGUGCUUCAACAGUUCCAAAACGCUCUUUUUCGAGAGCGACAACACACGCACCUCUCAUAUAAACCCGUUCUCAACAAUCACUAUGUGAUCGCGUGGGUUUUCCGUAACACUCUUACCCCCUCAGUUGCAUCUCUUAUCCUUAAAUAGGAGAGGCCUUGAGGGAUUUGGCAAUAGGUUGUUUACGCUCUACAAUUAUAUAAGCCUCUCUCUUCUCUCAAAGCAAAUUCCAAUUUCAGAUUUUAGAGAGAAAUUGUUUUUUGCUACUCUUCUUCGUUAAUCGUUGUGUGGGUGAAAAUGGGUCUUCUCCUUUCAAAAAAUCCUUCAAAAAUUGUCUUGCUUUCUUAUUUUUUGAACCCUAUGGUGCCUAAGAAAGUAAACAACAAUCACUAUGUGAAGAAAGUAAACAACAACAUGGUCUCCCUCGUUGCCCGUACAGGAAUGCAUUUGCAGAGAUAUGACAGCGUUGGGACGAAGAAAGUAAACAACGACAUAGUCUCCCCCGUUGCCCGUACAGGAAGGCAUUUGCAGAGAUAUAACACCGUUGGGACCGUUGGGUAUCGCCAAGUUGUUGGAUGCAUUCCUUACAGAUACAGAAAAACCAAUAAAUCUGUGGAAUUAGAAGUUCUUGUGAUCAGUUCACAGAAGGGUAAAGGAAUGUUAUUCCCAAAGGGAGGAUGGGAAAUGGAUGAGGAUAAGAAAGCUGCUGCCCUAAGAGAGACUUUCGAGGAAGCCGGCGUUCGGGGAGUAGUCGAAGACGAAUUGGGUAUGUGGAUUUACAAGAGCAAAAGAUGUGACACAAUGCAUCAUGCUUACAUGUUCCCUUUGCUUGUCAACGAGCAGUUAGACCUAUGGCCAGAGCAAAAUAUCAGACAACGAAAAUGGAUGACGGCGACCGAAGCUAGAGAAGUAUGUCAACAAGGGUGGAUGAAGGAAGCUUUAGAUAAGUUAAUAGGGGACCAAUGACAAAUUCUAAUUUAUGAGGAAACAACUCGUACAUAGAAAACAUUGCCUUGUUUCUUAACUAAGAAUUUUGAUGGGGCAACAGAUAACCCAGCAUCAUCAAAACUCCAAAAUUUAACAAUAUAGAGUUUGAAGAAAAGUUGUAUUGCUGCUGCCCUUAUAAACUCUUAGUACCCUUUUUAUUUUUUUUGAGUUACUUUUCGAUUGAGACAAGAUUGAAACUUACAGGAUGUAGUUGGAAGGUUUAGAAACAGAGAUCUUGAGAUGUACAAAUUUUGACCCAUUCUUUCAAUUCAAUCAACUUCGAUUCUUUUAUUA